AGGUGUGGUGCACUUUAAUUGGAACGUAAUGCUUCUACCUGGCCAGUUGAACAGUCUACCUAGGUACAGCUGGUACAGCAUUGAGAGGACCGAGUGCAAUCAAGGAGGAUCUCUGAGGAUGAGGUUUAAGAUCAGGCACUUAGUAAGCAUUCUAUUAGUCAUCUGGGUGCUGGUUACCUUCUAUUUCCUGGCUCCCUCCCUAUUUGGACCAUCCAAACAAAAAGUCUAUGAUCAUCGCUCACCUAAUGAGAAAGUCAUUCACAGUAACGAAAUUUUGAGCCAUGAAAAACCGCUGGAAAAACUACCACUGGAGCGUAGUGAACCCCAUUCGCCUAAUCUGGUUGGCUUCAAUGAGACACACUAUAUGCUGACUGCUCCACGGGACCACGAUGCAUACAAAAAAAAUGCGUUCAAUCAAGAGGAGAGUGAUAAACUGGCCAGCAACAGGGCUGUACCAGACUCAAGGACUAGAAUGUGUCGUUCUGUGGAGUACGAUAAAGACUUGCCGGACACUAGCGUCAUCGUCACUUUUCACAAUGAAGCAAGAUCCACUUUGCUCAGAACAGUUGUCAGUGUCCUGAAUCGAAGCCCACCUGAGCUGAUUCGAGAGAUCAUUCUUGUUGAUGACUACAGUGACAAUCCUGAUGAUGGUCUCAUGCUUGAAAAGCUGCCUAAAGUGAAAGUGCUUGCUAACAGUCAAAGAGAAGGUCUUGUACGGUCGAGGGUAAAGGGUGCUGACUUUGCAACUGGUGACGUACUCACAUUUUUGGACAGCCAUUGUGAAUGCAACGUGGGCUGGUUAGAACCUCUUCUACAGCAUGUGAAGAAUAAUCCCCUAGCUGUGGCUAGCCCAAUUAUAGAUGUUAUCAAUAUGGACAAUUUUCACUACGUUGGAGCGUCUUCAGACCUAGUAGGAGGCUUUGACUGGAGCCUACAUUUCAAGUGGGAUGGAUUGUCACCUGAACGCAGAGCAAAACGAGUCUCCCCAACAACUCCUAUUCAAUCUCCUAUGAUAGCAGGAGGCCUCUUCUCUAUGAGAAGACAGUGGUUCAUUGACAGUGGGAAAUAUGAUACAGAUAUGGACAUCUGGGGUGGAGAAAACUUUGAGAUCUCUUUCCGUGUGUGGAUGUGUGGAGGCUCUAUGGAGAUUGUACCAUGCUCACGAGUGGGUCAUGUAUUUAGAAAGAGACACCCAUACAGCUUCCCAAAAGGAAAUGCAGUAACCUACAUCAAAAACACCAGACGUACUGCUGAGGUGUGGAUGGAUGAGUAUGCCAAACACUACUACGCUGCUCGACCGGGUGUUAAAGGAAGGGAUUAUGGAGACGUAUCAUCACGGAAAGCUUUACGAGAGACACUACAUUGUAAGAGCUUCAAGUGGUACCUGGAGAAUGUCUACCCUGAACUAAAGGUCCCUGAUACUGAUGUGUUGGCUGAAGGCCAGUUGAAGCACACUAACAAUAUGUGUAUGGACACUCUGGGAGGCAGGGCCGGGGGCAAACUAGGCCUGUACCAGUGUCACGGAGAGGGAGGAAAUCAGGCCUUCUCUCUGACUAAGAGCAAACAGAUCAAACAUGAGAAGCUUUGUCUGGGUACUCAAGGAGAGCAAGUGGUAUUGUGGAGCUGUAUCAGUACCUCCUCAGAUCAACACUGGGAGCUCACACAAAACGGGAUGCUUAAACACAUUGCUGAUGGUCUUUGCAUUGACAGUAUAACCGGAGAGGUCCAUAUUGUGACGUGUGAACCUGGUAGACAGUCUCAAGCAUGGAAUUUUAAUAAACUAUAAUUUAUAGCAAUAGCAAUUCGCACGAAUCAUUUUUUGUAGAAAAUUCACCAUCAUUCAUAUAUAUUUCUUGAUGAUUGAUCAUUGACAAGUGA